AAGCAGGAAAAAACAAAAAUUUUCAUUUCACAAACUCUAAUUCGGAAUUUACCUACAGAGGCAGAAAAACGAAUUUUUCGUAUUAUUUCGCAUCCGAAACACAAUUUAAUAGACAUGAACGAAAGAAGAAUCCCCAACCAUCUAUUGCAGUCAAAUGGCUAUUGCAAGCACGAUAUAAUAUGAAAGAGCUUCGAGAAUAUCGAAAAUGUGGUGUUUCUUUAUGGUGCUGUAUUAAAUCUUACUAUGUGGCAGUCGAUGUUAUUCAUUGUGUUAUGAUAGUCGAUGACUGGAAUAGUGUAAGACAACUUACUACACUAUCCAGCCUAAUUGAUAAUUGCAAUAACGCUACUGUGAAAACUCUAUGUACGUCAUUAUUGAAAAUUGUUUGUGAAUAUGAAAAAGGAUGGAAAGAAGAUUUUUAUCAGAAAUAUUCUUCAGCCGAUGCAUCCAGAGCUUAUCAACUGGCUGAACAACUUUACAAAGAAGCUGAAAAUGUAUGUUUAACUUAA